AUGGAGAAGAUAUCACAAGGUAUGCAACAGAAUGAGGUAAUGAAGAAGGGUUUAAGGAAAUUAAUGCUAAUGUUUAUGCUGGAAUGGAAAACUUUUGAGGAGGAGUCUGAUUUGACCACCAAGUGCUUGCAAGAAUGCUUCAAUGAACUUGAGGUCAGGGAGAAGUACUUGACUUCAGUACAAGAAUCGGUGGCUGAGAGCUCUAAGGAACUUGACUUGAUCAGGGAAUCUUUAGAGCAGAGACGGAAAGAAGUUGAGACAAAAGAAGCGGAGUUUUGUGCAUUCCAAGAAAGAGAAAUCAGGGAUUUGGAAUGCAAGUGGCAAGACUUCAUUUUUGCCAAAAAGGGAUUCGAUGAAGCUGUGAAAUUGAGAGAGGAGAAGCUGAUUGAGCAAGAGAAGAUUGGGGAACGCCUUUUGGAGGAAAUAGGAUUUGAGCACAAGCAGUUGGAGAAUUUUUGCAAGUCUAGUUUUACGGAGAUUAGUAUGAAGGCCAAGGAGUUUGAGGAGUUCCUGGAAAAGUUGAAUAAGAUUCUGAGUUCGAUUCGCAAAGAAUCAGAUGUCCUUCAGUUGAAAGAGAGAAAAUUCGCUGAACGAAUGGAAGAAUUUCAAGUUAAGGAAAAUAUUUUACAGUCGAUGGAGAAGGAACUUGAAACAAAAGUAAGGAGCUUGGACACCGCGAAGAAGGAACUUAGAGAAAAGGAACAUUACCUAGAUUCCAUUCAGAAGGAACUAAGAGAGAAGGAAACUACUUUGGAUUCUGUAAAGACGAAACUUACUAUCAAGGAAGACCACCUGAACUCAGUGAAGAAGGAACUGGAGGACAAGGACAAGGGUCUGGAUACAAUUAAGAAGAAACUUGAACUCUGCGAGCAGGACUUGAAUUUUUUUGAGGAAAUACUCCAAUUAAGGGAGGGAGAGCUCAGUUCUAUUCAAGAGGCAUAUAGGCAGCGAUCAGAAGAUCUUGAUUCUAGGGAGAAGAAACUGGAUUUGGUUCAUGGUGAGUUUCAAUUAGAAAAGGAAAAAUUCCAAACAGAACAAGGAUUCUUCAAGAAAAAACUGAAAGAUAUAGCACUUAAAGAGAAACAGGUUGAGGUGAAAUUUAGAGAGCUUGAACAAAGAGAAAAGCACAUGGAAGAUCGGUUUAAAGUGCUUGAGGAGAAAAUGAAGCAACUGAAAACUAUUGGUAAUGUCCCUGAGAAGACUGAGUUUAUUUAUUUAUACAAUGUAGAAGUGGAAAGAGUUGGUGCUAUCUCUAGUAGUUCUGCUGAUAUAAAACUUGUUGUGACAAUGGACGGGAAGACUUUACAGAUAUUCUUAAAUGAGCAGGCAAACAAGCUAGAUUCGUUGUCUGAUGAUGUUUUCAGGUCCCUUCAAUUGUCUCGCAGCCCUGCACAGUUGGUGCUUGAUGCAAUGGAAGGGUUCUAUCCUCCCCACUUGAUGAGCGGAGAUACAGAGUUUGAGGGCAGUGUUGUCAAGCAGACCUGCAUUCUUCUAUUAGAGCAGUUAAUUAGAGUAUCACCGAAGAUUCAACCUAUUGUGCGCAGAAGAGCAAGGAAACUUGCGAGAGAGUGGAAGGGUAAAAUGAGGGCAAUGACUGGGGAUCAACUCGAGAUCUUGGGCUUCUUGUAUCUGUUGGCGUCUUAUGGUCUUGUCUCUUCCUUUGAUGCGGAUGAGCUUAUGAGCCUGCUGACUGUUGUUGCUGAGCAUAACAAGUCAAUGGAGUUGUGUCGUCUUCUUGGUUUCACAAAGAAGAUUCCUUAUAAGUGCCUUGUGGCAAGACUUCUGUUACCUGAUCCAACAUUGCCCUGUGGCAAAACUUUUGUUAGAGUUUUUAUGCUAAUUUUGCGUCAAAUGGGUGAUUCCAAAGUGAUGCUAGAAUGGUUGCGGUAUCAGGAAAGAUCUGAGGAAAAUUUGGAGAAUAUACCAGCUUGUUUCAUCCAGAACCUCAUAGCCAAGCAAAAUCAUCUUGAAGCUGUUGAAUAUGCUUAUGCUUUUGAGCUCACAGACCAUUUCCAACCAAUACCUAUUCUCAAGGACUACUUGAAACAAGUUAUGCAGAUUUCUGAGUGUGUUUGUAAUGGAGAAACGUGCUCAGUCAAAGAAAAGAAUGAAGCCAUUGAACAGAGUGUAGCUUCCAUUAGAGCUGUUAUCAGAUGCAUUAUGGAUCACGAGCUUCAAUCAGAAUACCCGCCUGCACAGCUUGAAGAGUGUAUAGAAUCUCUCACAAGGCAGAAAGCAGAUGUAACAUCAUCAUCUGUCAUUUCUGAGGCUCAGCUGAAACAGGUGGUAUCAACUAGUCCAUCUGUCCCCACUGAUACCAAGACCCUCAGCUCUACCUCAUUCUCUAGAAAGGCCUCCACUUGCAUGUUAGGUCAUUCCGAUGCUAUGGCUUCCAUCCUUGUGAGCAUGGGCGGAAAGAAUUUGCAGAAUUUUUUAUACAAUCAUUGGAAUGAGCAGGAGUUGUUGCGCAUUGAAAUCUCUAGAGCUCUCAAAAUGUCAUGUGACUCAGGAUUGCUUGUAUUGGAAGCACUUGAAGGAUUUUAUCCUCCAGAACCUCAUAAUGAAGAAAUUUUAUUUGAUCGUAGUGUUAUCAGGAAAAGUUGCAUUCUUCUACUGGAACAGUUGAUGAGGCUCUCACCAGAGAUUAAACCAAAAGCCAAACUGGAAGCACACAAGCUUGCAUUUGACUGGAAAGCAAAGAUGAUAGCUGAAACAGAAAACUAUCUGGCAAUAUUGGGUUUUCUGCUUCUAGUAGGUGCCUAUGGCUUGGCAUCUUCCUUCGAUAAAUAUGAGCUUGAGAGUUUGUGCCACACUGUAGCACAGGAUGAGAAUGCAUAUCAGAAUUUUCAUGUACCGGGUAUUGCAG